AAGGACACAAGCAAUGUCACUACCUGUCAGAAAUUUUUGACCUCGAGUUUGUUCAAAAGUGCAUUUGUCGUUUUUAUUUUGUUAAAAAGUAGUCGAUUGCCAUGGCCGAAUUGGAGAGUGGAGAUAAUAAUCAAUUGAAUGUUGGAUCAUCAAAUAACCUAAUUCCGAGUCCUCUUAUAACAAAACGAAACCGGACACCGUCAACAUGCGAAAAAAUCAUAAAGUCCAAAACUUUAUACGGAGAAAUCAAGUCUUUUUGCCGCGAAAAGGGCCAUGGAUUCAUAACACCUGAGGACGGCUCAGAAGACUUAUUCGUCCAUGUAUCUGAUGUUGAAGACGAGUACAUUCCAUUACCUGGAGACAGAGUAAAAUAUCAGUUAUGUCCUUUGCCGCCAAAAUUUGAGAAAUUCCAAGCUGUCCAUGUACACAUUGUCGAAUUGAAACCUGAAAUCCACAAGAGAUGGGAGAACUAAAUGGUAUAUGUAGUCUCUUGCCUUGAUGUUUGGCUUUCUUUGUUGUUAGUUUCGAAGAUAUUUAUAUGCUUCAGUAGGUCAAUUUAUGAAGGAUAUUGUUCUACCAUUUAUGAUCAUAAUAUACGUUGCUAAGAUAAGCAAGGAUACGAAAGUCUUUGUACAAUAUUAAACGAUGAAUUUUAUAUAAUUCUAUCUAAAUUAAGGAUCGUUGUAUCACUAAUUUUUAUUUAAUACGCCUUCACUUAUAUAAAAUUUGUAUAUAUAUACUCAUACAUACACAAAUUAUACAUACAUGUAUAACAGGAGCAUCUAAUAUACUUUAUUUUUAU